ACCACCGAGGCUGGCUGGCUGGCUGGUUGGGGCUAUUAAUUUAUCGGUGUGAAGUGGCUGUCGGAGCGGAUUGAUGUGGACAGGACAGCGGGGAGGACACGCAGACUGUCCCGGCCGAGCAGAGACACCGGUCAGCUGGUAGAGAGAGAGAGAGAGAGAAAGAGAGAGAGAGGCAGAAAGAGAGAGAGAGAGAGAGAGAGAGAGGCAGAAAGAGAGAGAGAGAGCCUGCACGUCUUCUCGGGGGCUCAGUCUGACACACCUGGGGCAUAAAUGAUGUCUGCCACGAGCAUUGACCCUCAGACAUCGAAAGGACAAGAUGCAAGCAAAGCCUUUCCAGUUUCAGUGCAGAAUGGCUCCCUCCACCAGAAGGACACAGUCCAUGACAACGACUUCGAGCCCUAUCUCACCGGCCAGUCCAAUCAGAAUAACAGCUAUCAAUCCAUGACAGACCCUUACCUGUCCAGCUACUAUGCCCCCUCCAUUGGGUUUCCUUACCCCCUCAGUGAGGCUCCGUGGUCUACAGGAGGCGAUCCACCAAUUCCCUACCUGACACCCUAUGCCCCCCUCAGCAAUGGAGACCAUCACUUCAUGCACGACACAGUAUUUGGGCAGCCGGGGGGGCUCAGCAGCAGCAUUUACCCACACAGGUUUAACUUCUUCCCAGAGAACCCAGCUUUCUCCGCAUGGGGGACCAGUGGCUCCCAGGGCCAGCAGACUCAAAGCUCAGCGUACGGGGGAAGUUACAGCUACCCACCCAGCUCUCUAGGAGGCACAUUAGUCCCUGAUGGCCAGACGGGUUUCCAUAGCGACACCCUGAGCAAGGCUCCAGGUAUGAACAGCCUAGAGCAGGGCAUGCUGGGCCUAAAAAUAGGCGGGGACGUGACAGGAAGCGGCUCGGGUGUGAAGAAUACAGGCUCUGUGAUCGGUGGCGGCGGUGGUGUAGCUGCAGCUGUCGCCACGGGCAACGGCGGCACACCAAUGGGAAUGCCCCCUCCGAAGCCUACAUCGUGGGCCGCUAUAGCUAGUAAACCUGCCAAGCUGCAGCAACAAAAGACCAAGAACAAGCCAGGAACGCCCAUAGCUGGAGGACCUCUGCCCCCCCCGCCCAUUAAACACAACAUGGACAUCGAUACUUGGGAUAAUAAAGGUGUCGCUACCAAGAUGGCGCCUCCUUUGCCGCCCCACCACCAUCACCACCACCACCAACACCAACACCAACACCACCACCACCAACAGCAUCACCAACAGCACCAGCCGCAGCAGCUUCACUCCCACCCUCCCAGCCUCUUACCCCCCCUCCAACAGUCCCUACAGUCUGCCCAGUCCCUCGUGCAGCAGAUGACCAUGCAGGGCCCUCCGCCUCCUCCUCCGCAGUCUUACCAGAACCACAACUCCGCUCCAACACCUCAGACCCGCUGGAUAGCCCCACGCAGUCGCAACCUGUGCUACGGCGGCGGGAGCUUGGACAGCAGUGGCUCCUCUAACGGCGGCGGUGUCGGUAACGGAGGUGGAGGCGUUGGGUGCGUGCCUCCAGAGCUGGGGUCCGAGUCCCACCCGGUCCUGGAGAAGCUGCGAGCUGCCCACAGUUACAACCCGAAGGAGUUCGACUGGAACCUGAAAAACGGCCGAGUGUUCAUCAUCAAGAGCUACUCCGAGGACGACAUCCACCGCUCCAUCAAGUACUCCAUCUGGUGCAGCACGGAGCACGGCAACAAACGUUUGGACUCGGCCUUCAGAGCGAUGAACUCUAAAGGUCCCGUCUACUUGUUGUUCAGCGUCAACGGCAGCGGCCAUUUCUGCGGCGUGGCGGAGAUGCGCUCGCCUGUGGACUACGGCACCAGCGCGGGUGUUUGGGCGCAGGACAAGUGGAAGGGCAAGUUUGACGUGAACUGGUUGUUUGUUAAGGACGUGCCUAAUAGCCAGCUGCGCCACAUCCGCCUGGAGAACAAUGACAACAAGCCAGUCACCAACUCUCGUGACACUCAAGAGGUUCCUCUGGAGAAGGCGAAGCAGGUGCUCAAGAUUAUCGCCCAGUACAAACACACCACCUCCAUCUUUGAUGACUUUUCCCACUAUGAGAAGAAGCAGGAGGAGGAGGAGGUGGUGAAAAAGAGCUACGAGCCUGCCUCAAUACCGAGCCGAUCCCGAAUCGAUCAGGAUCGUCAGAAGUAAAACGACAGAAGCCGACUUCUCGAAAGCUCGACCCACGGUCCUGCUCGGACGGACAUAAUGAAAUUUAGAUUUAAAACAGAAAAACACAAGGACAUAAAAACAUAAAUAAAUAAAAAAAACUAAUAUUUUUUUCUAUUUAAUUUUGUUGACUUUGGCCCAUGUCAAACUGUCGAGCCACAUCGCUCCUGGUUCCCAGUCUUUACAGAUGCGUGCAGGGAUGAAGCUAGUUCCACCAGUUGAAUCGCUUCAAUGAGAUAUAUUUUCUUGUUUUUUCUGUAUUUUUUAGCCUUAUAAAUCUCUA